UAUGGAGGACGGAGUCUCGUAUUUCAGAGCCUCUAAUGUCCAGUGUAUAACCUCCAGUGUUGUAGAGGAUACCUCGGAGAAAACAUCCUCGGAACAGGAACCAGGAUUCAUGGUUUCUAAACAGGUUUAAUAUGAUUGAGAGUAAACCUGAUCUACAGGAUGCUCUGAACCUUACUCCUCCAGAACCUGUUCAUCUGACCUGCGGCUACUGUAAGAGAGAGAUGAUCUCGGCCUGGAACCUGAUCCAGCAUAUCCAGUCCCAACACGGGAUCAAGCUCUGCAACCCCCGGGAUGACGGAGAGGACCUGGAGCAGAGACCCUUCCCGUUCCCGCACAAGGACGAUAUUCUUCCGUUUAGAAACUUAUUUAAUGCUCCAGGUACAGGUUUUCAGCACGCUGUUCCCUUUCCUAUGAUGGAGCAUCCCCCUCCCUUCUUCCCUUCACAGUUCUCCCGGUUCCCGUUCCUGCCCCGGCUCCAUCCGUUUAUCCGACCUAAUUCUAGUCAUGACAUACAAACAGAGCGGUUUAUCUCAGAGAAAAUCCGACACAGUAUAGGAAACCAUCAUCUUGGUCUUCCAAACCCAUUUGUUGAGAGCCUACCCAGACCAACCUGUCUUCCACUUAUAUCCCCUGGAACUACAUUCGAUUUAAGGACUCCCCCCCGACACCGAUAUCCCCCGCAGUCACACAUAAAUCUUCAUCAAACCCUGGAAACAUCAAGUCACAAUCUUCAAUUCAGAUCUGAGUUGAAGACAGAGGAAAAACUUCAAGAGAGUGAUCAGCGACCAGAGGAAAAGGGUUUCUCUAAUAGUGAGGAAAAAUCUCCGGAGAAAAUGGUAGACGGGAACGAGGAUUCAGAGAUGUGCGCUCCAGACUCAUCCAGCUCUCAGGAGAAGGGUUUGGAGGAGGAAACGGAUGAGAAUAAAUCCUCCGGCUCCGUUGAUGAAAAUAUGAUGGAGGAGGAGUCGGAACUGGAGGAGGAUCUGGUUGAGAGAGAUGAGAAGGUUUUAACCCGGGAUGAUUCUUUAGAAACUCAAUCCAUCGUUAGUCAACUCAUUAAGAAGUUUGGAUUUAAUGAUAUCAAGGAAUAUCAAGAGGCGUUCCGGAAGGCGGUUCAGGAGUCAGGGGGAGUAACUACUACUGAGGAUAAACCUGAAGAUAAAAGGUCUCAAACCCCAGAAGACGAAAUUUCCGGUAGAAGCAGUAAACCCUUGAGACUACGAGAAGAUAUGACUCUGAUGAGUUCUCAAGUUAAUUCUUUAGAUCUUGCCCAACCUCUUCUCAACUCUAGUCCUAACUUUAGCUCUGUAAACAAGAGUAAGGAAUUACUGUUUGCAGGACUCUGGAUGCCAGGAUUCAUGAGACAACAAAGUUUAAGAGGAAAGACGGGACGAGGUCGGGGAGGAAGAAGAUCUUCAAUAAAGGAUCUGAACCUGCCUCCUCUACCCCCUGGAGUAUGUAUGCCUCCUAUGGAACCCAGCGCUAUAAAAGCCCUGGCUGAGAAGGGAAGGUUGGACGCUAUCUUUGAUCCGAGAAUGAGAAAAGAGUUAAUUGGUCGAGGUAGAAAUGACACGUGUGAGUACUGCGGGAAGGUUUUCAAAAACUGUUCAAAUCUCACCGUACAUAGAAGAUCUCACACCGGAGAAAAACCUUACAAAUGCCAACUAUGUUCCUAUAGCUGUGCCCAGAGCAGCAAACUCACAAGACAUAUGAAAACCCAUGGAAGGAUGGGGAAGGAUAUCUUCAAGUGCAGGUUCUGUUUCAUGCCCUUCAGUGUAGCCAGUACCCUAGAGAAGCAUAUGCGGAAGUGUGUUGUGAACCAGAAGAACCAGGGGAUCUGGUCUACUCCAGUAUCCAGUUCUAAACCUCUCCGCCUCCCACCAAGUUUAGUUUCUCCGGAGGGUUUACAAGACAAGAAUGUGGAGAAAUUAUGACGAGGAUUGGAAGGAAGUAUUUGGGAAUAUCCUAACAAUAUGUCUAGUCAGUAUCUCACCGGGACACUCACCUGAGCUUAACAAUACUUGGUUGUACAACUAGAUACUAGGUUGCAUAACUAGAUACUAGGUUGUACGACUAAAUACUUGGUUGUACAACUAGAUACUAGGUUGUACAACUAUAUUCUAGGUUGUACAACUAAAUACUUGGUUGUACAACUAGAUACUAGGUUGUGCAACUAGAUACUAGGUUGUACAACUAAAUACUUGGUUGUACAACUAGAUACUAGGUUGCACAACUAUAUUCUAGGUUGUACAACUAAAUACUAGGUUGUACAACUAGAUACUAGGUUGUACAACUAUAUUCUAGGUUGUGCAACUAAAUACUAGGCUUUACAAUUAUAUACUAGAUGGUUUUACAACUAGAUAAUAGGUUGUACAACUAUAUACUAGGUUGUACAACUAUAUACUAGGUUGUACAACUUGAUAAUAGAUUGUACAACUAUAUAAUAGGUUGUACAACAAUAUAAUAGGUUUUACAACUAGACACUAGGUUGUACAACUAAAUACUUGGUUGUACAACUAGAUACUAGGUUGUACAACUAGAUAAUAGGUUGUCAACUAGAUAAUAGGGAGUAAAACUAGAUACUAGCUUGUACAACCUAGCAUCUUGUUGUACAACUAAAUACUAGGUUGUACAACUAUAUAAUAGGUUGUACAACUAUAUAAUUGGUUGUACAACUAUAUAAUAGGUUGUACAACUAGAUACUAGUUUGUACUAUAUACGAGGUUGUACAACCCAAAACCUAGUAUCAAGGAAGGUUUUGUUCAAACCGAUAUUGAACACAAUUAUUUGGUAGGAAAAGUAAACAAACAAAAAUUCUGUUUGCUGAAAAUAUUUGUGUUUACAUCUCCCCCACAGACCAGUCCACCAUGUAUGUAACCGGUUUCCACCUAGUAUUUGAACCCGAGCUCCAGGUCUGAGUAUCUCUGCUCCAAUGAGACCAAAUCUUCUGUUCCUAAUAUGUGAUUGUCGUAAAAACUCUACUAUAUAUAACAUAUUCUAAAUUUACAGGGGGCUUGCUGAACAUAGUUUUUAAUGUUUUAAGUUAAAUAUUUGACCCCCCACGUUUAGUUCCUAAUUUUUAGCAUGAAUCAGAAAACUUUUAGGAUUCUUUAUAAAACUUUGUCUUUCCAAACAAAAUCUUAUUUUCCUGUUUAAAAAGGGAAGAAUAAAUGUAUUCACAGGCCUCAAUUCAAAUUGUAUUAACUCUUAAGUUAAAAGUACAAUUUCGGAACUUAAAAAUAAUUCCUAAACUGUGAACCCAAUUUCUCAAUGUAUUAAAUAAUUU